UUGAAACCAUACAAAGCUUUUCUCUGCUUUCAACUUGUUAGGUGCUAUUCUCUCACUAAUUCUUCCAAUCCUUAUUUGUUCAUCUAUAUUGAACAUAACGACCAUGGCAAUCCGUAUGCCUCCUCUAAUCAAGAAGUUUUCUACAUCUGAAGACGUUCAAAAAGGCAAUUUUGCUGUUUAUGUUGGGGAGAGGCAAAAGAAGAGAUUUGUGAUCCCCAUUUCAUUCUUGAGCCAACCUUUAUUUCAAGACUUGCUUACUCAAGCUGAGGAAGAAUUUGGCUUUGAUCAUCCAAUGGGUGGUUUCACAAUUCGCUGUAGUGAGGAUGAGUUCAUUGAUCUUACUUCUCGCUUGAGCAGGUUCUGAGAUUUUUCCUUCCACAGUUUGUAAAGAACUAACCUUUCUAGUUUGUACAUCAGGAUAUUUAGGAAAGACUCUUUA